AUGGGGAAAACCGAGAGCUUUUCCCCUAAGAUCUGCCACAAGUUCCGCUUUGCUGAUAGGCUGGACAUCAUGCUCAUGGUCCUGGGAUUGCUGGCAUCACUAUUAAAUGGAGCCUGUCUUCCUGUAAUGUCACUGAUUUUAGGAGAAGUGAGUGAUAAUCUUAUUGGUGGAUGCCUAGCCAAAAGCAAUAAAACAAAUUAUCAGAACUGCACUCAAUCUCAAGAAAAGUUGGAUGAAGAGAUGAUUGUUUUAACCCUGUAUUAUGUUGGAGUAGGAACUGCUGCCUUGGUGUUUGGUUACAUACAGAUUUCCUUUUGGAUUAUAACUGCAACCCGACAAACCAGAAGAAUCCGAAAGCAGCUAUUUCAUUCGAUCUUGGCACAGGACAUCAGCUGGUUUGACAGCUGUGAAAUUGGCGAAUUUAACACUCGCAUGACAGAUGACAUCGACAAAAUUAACGAUGGUAUUGGAGACAAGAUCUCUCUGUUGUUUCAAAACAUAUCUACUUUUUCAAUUGGCCUGACAAUUGGUUUGGUAAAGGGCUGGAAACUCACAUUGGUAACCCUGUCUACAUCACCGCUUAUAAUUAUUUCUGUGGCCAUGUUUUCUAAGAUAGUCAUCUCACUGACCAAUAAAGAAUUAAAUGCUUAUUCCAAAGCUGGAGCUGUAGCAGAAGAGGUCUUGUCAUCAAUACGAACAGUUGUAGCCUUUGGGGCCCAGGAGAAAGAAAUUCAAAGGUAUACACAAAAUCUAAAAGAUGCGAGAGACGUUGGCAUUAAAAAAACUAUAGCUUCAAAACUCUCUCUCGGUGCUGUAUACUUCUUCAUGAAUGGAACCUAUGGACUUGCUUUCUGGUAUGGAACUUCCUUGAUUUUCAGCGGAGAACCUGGUUAUACCAUUGGAACUGUUCUGGCUGUUUUCUUUAGUGUUAUCCAUAGUAGCUACUGCAUAGGAGCAGCAGCACCUAACUUUGAAAACUUCACUGUAGCCCGUGGAGCUGCCUUUAAUAUUUUCCAGGUUAUUGAUAAGAAACCCACUAUAGGCAACUUUUCAACAACUGGAUAUAAACAUGAAUGCAUAGAAGGAACUGUGGAAUUUAAAAAUGUUUAUUUCAGUUAUCCAUCAAGACCUUCUGUCAAGAUUCUUAAAGGUCUGAACCUCAAAAUUAAGUCUGGAAAGACUGUGGCCUUGGUUGGUCCCAGUGGCAGUGGGAAGAGUACAACAGUCCAACUCUUGCAGAGAUUAUAUGAUGCUGAAGACGGCUAUAUCACAGUGGAUGGAAACGACAUCAGAACCUUGAACGUGCAACAUUACCGUAAAUGCAUUGGCGUCGUUAGCCAAGAGCCUGUUUUGUUUGGGACCAGCAUUAAUAACAACAUUAAAUAUGGGCGAGAAGGUGUGACAGAUGAAGAAGUUGAGAAAGCAGCAAAGGAAGCCAAUGCUUAUGAUUUUGUAAUGGAGUUUCCCAAUAAAUUUAAUACCUUGGUAGGGGAUAAAGGAAUUCAAAUGAGUGGGGGACAGAAACAGAGAAUUGCGAUUGCCAGAGCUUUAGUUCGAAACCCGAAGAUUCUAAUCUUAGAUGAGGCUACAUCUGCGCUAGAUACAGAAAGUGAAUCAGUUGUUCAACUUGCACUGGAGAAGGCAAGCAAAGGUCGGACUACAAUUGUUGUAGCUCAUCGGCUUUCCACGAUUCGAAAUGCAGAUCUGAUUGUGACCAUAAAAGAUGGUCUAGUGGUGGAAACGGGAACACAUGCUGAAUUAAUGGCAAAACAAGGUCUAUAUUAUUCACUGGCAAUGUCACAGGAGAUUAAAAAAGCUGAUGAACAGAUGGAAUCUAAUACACAUUUGACCGAGAAAGCUGCCAGCUGUGUUCCUCUUUGUUCAACAAAUAGCUUCAAGUCAGACUCUAAGAAUGAAUCAGAAGAAUCCACCCAAUAUAGAAAGGCACAUCUUCCUGAAGUGUCUCUGUUAACCAUCUUUAAAUUAAUCAAGUCUGAGUGGCCUUCUAUAGUUCUGGGGACUUUGGCUUCUGUUUUAAAUGGAGCUGUUCAUCCACUAUUUUCUAUCAUCUUUGCAAAAAUCAUCACUAUGUUUGAAAAUGAUGAUAAAACCACGUUAAAGCAUGAUGCAGAAAUUUAUUCCAUAAUAUUUGUCAUUUUGGGUGUGAUAUGCUUUAUCAGUUAUUUCAUUCAGGGAUUGUUUUAUGGAAGAGCAGGAGAAACUUUAACCAUGAGAUUAAGACACUUGGCAUUUAAAGCCAUGUUAUAUCAGGAUAUUUCCUGGUUUGAUGAUAAAGAAAACAACACAGGUGCCUUAACAACAAUAUUAGCCAUAGAUAUAGCACAAAUUCAAGGAGCAACAGGUUCACGAGUUGGCGUCUUCAUACAAAACACAACUAACAUGGGACUAUCAGCUAUUAUUUCCUUCAUGUAUGGAUGGGAGAUGACACUCUUGAUUCUGAGUAUUGCUCCAAUACUUGCUCUGACAGGAAUGAUUGAAACCGCAGCACUAACUGGAUUUGCCAACAAAGAUAAGCAAGAACUUAAGCAGGCUGGAAAGAUAGCAACAGAAGCUGUGGAGAAUAUCCGUACUAUUGUGUCAUUAUCAAGAGAAAGAGACUUUGAGCAAAUGUAUGAAGAGACACUUCAUACUCAGCACAGAAAUGCCCUGAAGAAAGCACAGAUCAUUGGAAGCUGUUAUGCAUUCAGCCAUGCCUUUAUAUAUUUUGCCUACGCAGCAGGGUUUCGAUUUGGAGCCUAUUUAAUUCAAGCUGGACGAAUGACUACAGAGGGCAUAUUCAUCGUUUUUACUGCAAUUGCUUAUGGAGCUAUGGCCAUGGGAGAAACACUGAUUUUGGCGCCUGAAUAUUCCAAGGCCAAAUCUGGUGCUGCACAUCUGUUUUCUCUGUUGGAAAAAAAGCCAACUGUAGACAGCUCCCAACGAGAAGAAAAAAAGAUGGACACAUGUGAAGGGAAGAUAGAGUUUCGCGAUGUCUCUUUCUUCUAUCCAUGUCGCCCUGAAGUACUCAUCCUACGUGACUUGUCCCUCACUAUUGAGAAAGGAAAGACAGUAGCAUUUGUUGGCAGUAGUGGCUGUGGGAAAAGCACAUCUAUACAACUUCUGCCCAGAUUUUAUGAUCCCGUGAAAGGACAAGUGUUAUUUGAUGGUGUGGAUGCAAAGGUGCUGAACAUACAGUGGCUCCGUUCCCAAAUAGCAAUCGUUUCUCAAGAACCUAUGCUCUUCAACUGCAGCAUUGCUGAGAAUAUAGCCUAUGGUGAUAACAGUCGUAUUGUCCCAUUAGAGGAAAUCAAAGAAGCAGCAAGUGCAGCAAAUAUCCAUUCAUUUAUUGAGAGUCUUCCUGAGAAAUACAACACCCAAGUUGGACUGCAAGGAACCCAGCUUUCUGGUGGCCAGAAACAAAGAAUAGCUAUUGCAAGAGCUCUUCUCCGAAAACCAAAAAUUUUAUUGUUGGAUGAGGCCACAUCAGCCCUUGAUAGUGAGAGCGAAAAGGUGGUUCAGCAAGCCCUUGAUAAAGCCAGUAAGGGGAGGACAUGCUUAAUGGUUACCCACCGACUCUCCACCGUACAGAAUGCAGAUUUGAUAGUGGUUCUGCAUGAUGGAAGAAUAAAGGAGCAGGGAACUCAUCAAGAACUCCUAAGAAAUCGGGACAUGUAUUUUAAAUUAGUGAGUACACAGACAGUGCAGUGA